AACAAUAGUCCGAAGUAUCGAUCGUACAUCAAGUAGAGCAAUUUAAAGGCGGAGUUCAUCAGGCCCAAGUCUCCAGGAAUGGGAGAACGAAUCUAUGAAAAUCUUACGGCAGUCUAGAGUCCCGGGAAGGCUAAUCUAGCGGCCCCGAUGAACUUGGUUAACAGAACAAACAGACAAGUUUCGAGCGCAAUUGCCACUGCCUCGAUGGAAAGGAGCGCUAGGCAGGAGUCGCUCGCGGUGACCUGGCAGACCCCGAUUGCCGCAGUAUGGAGCGGUGUUCGCGGGCUCGCAGCUGAAGCCGGUCUCGGCAGCGCGACUAUUCUCUUGGUCCCGGUCUAAUUUCCCGUCGGGGUCCAAAUCGGGAGGAGAGGAGGAGAGGAGGGCCGGGCCGGGUCGGGCCCACGAGGAGGGAAGGAGCACUGGCCGCUAAUCACGCUGCUUAAGCCAGAUUAAAGGACGUUCUCCGGGAGCCGGAGAGGAAAAAGAGGGGAGCAAAAGCGCGAGCGCAGCUCGUCGGAAGGGGGCUCUUUCUUCUUCCUUCUACAGAGACACCCCGACAUUUAUGUUAGCCUUAGAAGUGUCGCAUAUUAUAACAGUGGACGGAGAAAUCCGGGGGAAAUUGCUCAUGACAGGCAGGCAGGCGGGCAGAACAGGCAAUCUAACGAAUUUUCUUCUUGCCAUGCUCUGGAUAUGCCCACCGGUGUAGAAUGCUCGUCGGCUCUGGCUCCUGGAUCAUCUGCUAGCAAGAAAGUGAAAAGAAGAAGAAGGAGAAGGAGGAGCUCGAGAUUUUGAAUUUCAGCGGUUUGAAAUUCUUUUCUCCUUUCCUUCUGGAUGGCUGGCAAUGGCGGGCCUGUUACCCCGAGAACAGCCGUGAUUCGAGUACUUGUUGGGGCCCUUGCUGAUAGCUCUCUGUUAGUCAGAGAUGCCGCUGCCGCAGCGUUACGGGAGAACGCACAGCAGAAUGCUGCUAUUAUACUCGACUGUUGUACAGCGAGCCUGCGAGUCGGGAAAAGAGUUUCGGAAAAGAAGAGCUUAUGUUGUGGAAUGCUGGCCAAAAAUUAUGUUCAGCGCGGAGGGCAGUUUGGUAGCCACCAUGCUGGAGUAUUCUCGAUUAUGGCUUACACUGUUCAAAACAUGGGAGAGGAGCAGCUAGAUCCUAUAUUUAUGAGGAAAAUGGCUAAAGUAGCACUUGGGGAAAUGACGAGCACUAAGGAUUACACUAGUGACUGGCAGCGGGCUGCCGCGAGUCUUCUUGUCGCUUUAGGUUCUCGUUUACCAGAUAUGAUGAUGGAUGAAGUUUUCCUGCAACUCGCUGGAAAUAUGAUACCUGUGUAUGCUGUGGUUCCAAUUUUCGCUGACUUUGCAACAGUAGAUGCAUUACAAUUUGCACCGAGGGUUAAGGGAGUUCUGUCACGCGUUCUCCCUGUUCUUGGAGGAGUGAGAGAUAAUCAGCGCCGGGCAUUUGCUAAAGCUUUCACGUGCUGGUGCCAAGCAAUAGUGCAGUAUCAUGAAGAUUGUCCAAAUGUGAACCUAGUCGACAAUGACAUGCAAGCUUUGUUUCAAUCAGUGUUCGAUUUGUUUUUGAAUUCUUGGGUUUCAUCGCGUGAACCUAAGGUACGGUUAGCAGCUGCAGAGGCUCUGGGAGAGAUGGUUGUCUUCAUCGGUAGACUACAACUUAAGGCAGCUCUGCCAAGGAUCCUCCCUGCAAUUUUAGGAGUGUUGAAGAAAGAAAGAGAGGAUCUUCUUCCAGUUACACGCAGUUUGCACAUGAUUCUUGAUACUGUGCUAAUUACCAGAGAAAGAGUUCCUAUGAUAGACUUCCAGGCACUUACUCCUGUUUUGAAUGCAAUCAUUCCUAUGGCAUCGGUUUCAUCCAACAAAUUAAAGGAUUGUGAUCCAAGUUUUUAUCUGAAAAAUCAUAAUGAAGUGAUGAGAUGCUUUGUUACGAUCGGAGUUGUCUGCCCUGAAGACAUGUUUCAUGAUCUCAUACAUCGAAUUGGAUCCCGCGAAGAAGGAACUCGACUAGGAGCUCUUUCAGUGCUUAAACAUCUCCUUACCAGGUUGUCAGAAACAUGGAUGACAAGAAGGACAGCGCUGGCUGAGUCUGUUAAAUCUCUUCUUCAAGAAUCCGAUUUAAAUACAAGGAAGGCUGUUGCAGAGUUAAUUGUUGCAAUUGCAGCAAAUGGUUACAUGGAAGCGGACAGCAGUGAACUGUUCAUGGAGUUCUUGGUACGGCAAUGUGCGAUUCCUGAUCGUGAAGUCGAGGCAUACAGGACAGAACAAACAGCUAUUGAGAAGGCAAUGGGGCUGCCGUCAGUUCUUCCCAGCAAAAAUGAGCUAAAAGUUGGAGCAGUAUCACCAGCAGAGUUACGGGCUGUUUGUGAGAAGAGCUUGCUCCUCCUCGCCGGCACCAUGGCCGAGACAGAGUGCUUUUUGUGGCCAUACCUUCUUAAGGUGCUCAUACCAAUCAACUAUACGGGUGCCGUGGCAACGGUUUGCAAAUGUAUUUCUGAGAUUUCAAGACGAAGACUGGCCUCCGGUGAAAUCAUGACCGUAGACUAUGCAGCAUCUUCUGGUGUCCCACAUCCUGAUGAAAUUUUAGCGCGGUUACUUGUACUUUUACAGAACCCAAUGGCUAGAGAACAACUGGCUGCCCGAAUUCUGACGGUACUCUUCUAUCUGGCACCUUUGUUUCCAAAGUCUGUCGUCCUGCUUUGGGAGGAUGAGAUUCCAAAACUGAAAGCGUUCAUUAGUGAUCCUGAGGAUAUGCGUGGUGAGUCCUGGCAGCAAGCUACCUGGGACGAUAUGAUUGUGCAUCUACUGUCAGAAUCUAUUGACGUUAUACAGAACUCUCAGUGGACACUCAGUCUUGGUAACGCUUUUGCCAGUCAUUACGAUUUAUAUACUGGAGAUCAUCCACACUCCGCCUUGCUGCACAGGUGCUUAGGUAUGCUACUUCAGAAAUUGGAUGACAGAGAUUACGUGCAGAGGAAAAUCUCUCUUAUGUACAAGAGAGCAGAUGUCGCAAAUGAAGCUAAUAGGCUCGGGCUGGCGAUGGGAAUGGGACUGGUUGCAGCGUCACAUCUUGACACAGUUUUAGAGAAGCUGAAGAAGGUUCUGGAAAGCCAAGGUCGAAAUAGAUUUCGACGCCUUCUGUCAGUCUUCUUUGAUCAAAGCAACCGGCCAGAUGUGGACGACGUAUUUGCUGCAUUGGCUUUGAUGUAUGGAUACGCUGCUUCGUACGCACCCUCAUCGGCGAUAGAAGCACGGAUUGAGACACUUGUGGGCACCAACAUGCUCUCAGGACUGCUGGGCGUCCGCACAGCAACAGCUAAACAGGCCGUCAUCACUGCCAUCGACCUCCUAGGUCAGGCAGUCAUCAGAGCCGGUGCCAAUGGAGCUCCUUUUCCGUUAAAAAAGAGGGAUCAAAUGUUGGACUUUACCAUGGCUCUUAUGGCAGGGCAGUCUCAGGCUGCAGGUUAUAUCUUAGGAGCAUCAAGUGUCCUAGAGACGGAGCAACUUUUACACACACAGGAAUUGGCUGUCAAUGCGUGUACCACAUUGGUUUCUGUGGAGCCCAAAUUGCCAAUGGUUGCUAGAGAUCGGAUUCUUCAGGCUACUUUGGGCUUUUUUGCAUUACCUUCUGAACCUUCUGCAAUCGUCAAUUCUCUGUUGUCCAACUUGACAACUUUACUGUGUGCUAUUUUGCUGACGAGCGCAGAAGAUGGGAAGAGUAGGGCAGAUCAGUUGCAACAUCUGCUUAGGAACCUUGAUCAGUAUGUUUCUUCACCUGUUGAGCAUCAGCGAGAGCGAGCAUGUGUAUCCGUCCUUGCCGUGCUUCGGCAGUUUAGAGCUCUUUGCACUACGGGUAUUUGUCCUGUAAAUUGCGGCAAUAACUGUAUGCAUCUUCCAUCUUUCGGCGAUCGAAGUAUGAGCAAUACGUCAGCUCCACUUCUCUUACCACCUCGCGAAGAGCUGAAGCUUGGAGAGAGAACAAUGGCAUAUAUACCCCGCUGUGCCGAUGUGACAUCAGAUAUCAGGAAGACCUCUGCACAGAUACUCGACCUCCUCUUCAGCAUUGCAUUAUUAUUGCCGAAGCUAGUGGGUUCAGCCACUGAAAACAAACAACCCUCAUACGCUGCGUUGUCAGCUCUAGAGGAGCUGAUCGCAGUAACGAAUUGGGUAUGCACUAGCCAUUCGGCUUCAUCUAGUGAUACGAUCGACGUAAUGAGGCGUAUAGUGGCAUCCGUCGGAAUUUUGUUGACAUCAGAGGAACUCGUUGCGUGUCUGCGGGGCUGCCAAACGGCAAUAUGUGACAGGAUUCCUCAAGCAUCACAAGGGACCAUCAUGGCUGUCACACAACUUAUUGCAAGGCGAGGCAAUGAGCUGCAAGAUAGUGACAUUCCCAAAGUCACUCAAUCAUUAUUGGCUUCUGCUGCGGCUGUUGGUGACAAGAAGAUGCGACAACAAGUUUUGAACUCCAUCUGUUGCCUUGCCGAGCAUGCUCAAGCCAAAGUGGUGUUCGAUGAACUUUUGACUUCUGCGGAAAAAGAUUCAACAAGAAAGGACACUGCCAGGAAUAAAGGGCCCUUGCCACUUCAGGAAGCAUACUUGGCUGUUGCAGAUCAUGAAAUUCUUGCUCUACCGUUUCUAGAGCAUGUAAUUCGAGUUAUCAAUCAGACACCUGUCUACAAAGCUAAUGAUGUGGACAAAGACAAUGAACAGUUGUCAGCGCCUUCGUCACUCAAUCCCUUGCCUCAAUCAGCGACACUAGCACUGGGAGCUAUUUUCAGAGGUACCUUCGGGAAGCUAGCAGUAUUAAAGUCAUAUUCUGGUGUGCUAUGUUCGCUGGUCUUACGAAUCGGGAGCUGUCAUGGAACUAUUGGGCUAGAGACGCAACCCUUGAGGGAUGUUGUCUCAACAUUUCAUUCCUUCUGCGAGUGUGUUGAUGACGAAGAGAUGGGCAAGGUGUUGGCUCGGGAUGGUGAGCAUCGUCUUUCUGGAGAUCGAUGGAUAGAAGCUGUAGAAGAAAUAGCAACAUGUUCUGCAAGAUCAAGGCCUGAAGAGGUGAACAGCAUCUGCACACUUCUUUGGCCCGCUUUGAAGAGACCCUACGAUUUUCAGAGAGCUGCGGCCGCUGCAGCUUUAUCUGAGUAUAUUAGGCACAGUGACGGAGAUGCUUUGUUGAAUAACCUCGUUGGUGCUCUAAGUGCACAUAUUGGAGAUGAUUCUCAUAGUGUGCGCCGUCUGUGUGUGAAAGGUCUAGUUCAGAUUCCAAAGAAAGAACUUGUGAAGUAUGCCUCUCAAGUGCUGAGUGUCAUCGUCGCACUGAUAGAAGAUGACGAGGAAGAAGUGGCUUUCGCAGCCGCACAAGGACUAUCUUCGGUGUUGGAGGUGGUACCGGAGGAAAAUGUUUCUCCAAUUAUGCUUAAUCUUUGUGUUAGACUCAGAUCUCUUCAGAGUCGACAAAAUUUGAGCAUGCGUGCGGCAGCUUUCGCAGCUUUGGGAGUUUUGAGUAGAUUCAACUUUGGUGGCCAACAGGAUGCUUUUCUUGAGCAGGUUCAUAGUUGUCUGCCACGUUUGAUUUUUCAUGUCAAUGAUGAAGCAUCAGCAGUGCGACAUGCUUGCAAGGCAACUCUGAGAAAAAUUGCUCCACUGCUGCAAGCGCAAGAAAUAACCAGCCUCAUGAACUCCAGGGCUUUCGAUUCUGAUCGAAGAUUGGACUACGACGAAUUCGUGAGAGAUUUUUCGAAACAUCUAGUCAGUGAAUUUGGAGACAGAGCAGACUCGUACAUAAUUUCUGCUAUACAGGCAUUCGAUAGCCCAUGGCCUCUUAUUCAAGCUAAUGCUGCGUAUUUCGCUGGUUGUCUAUUAUCUCGAUUGAGCGACAGAAGACCACUGGCCUUAUAUUUACCUCAGAUCACUGCUUCGUUAAUGAAGAUGACCGCAAAUGCGCCCAGCGCUAUAGUUCGAACAAAAUCUGCGGCGGCUUUGAGUCUGCUUAUAACGGAAAUACCAGACACGCCAAUAUAAGUCGGAGUUCAAAUAUUAUGUUUCGAGAAGAGGAUUCUUUACAAUUUAAGUCUCAUAUCAGACUUUUUUGCGCGACGUUGGUCUACCAGUUACAAGGUCAACGACUCUCUCUAAGUCUCAGCAUGCUGAGAUGCAGCGGUAUGAAUUGAGACAACUGUACAGGCGAAAUUGACACCAAUUCCACGUAUGGAGGGGACGGUGACUCUUUUGGACGAACUGUCAACUUCUUGUGUGGUUGUAAUGCUAGUCAAACACCAACACCAACAUCGAAUGACAAUGGAUAUACCUUAGCUUCAGAGAUAGCUGAAUCACAUAGAGAUGGUUUCUGUAGUCUGACAUCAUAGAUUCUUCUGUAGUUAAUUUGAGAUUUUAUUUGUACUUAUAAUACUUCCAAACGUAUUCUUACUUCGAGCCAUCUUGGACCAGUAUUGUAGAUUUAAAUCCAUUAGAAGCCACAUGAGUACUCGGCAAGAUUAUAUAAUAUUAGAAGCAUCCACGGGAAAUGAUAUUACAUUUACCUGUACAAUGUCAUAGUUUAUACAAUUGUAAUCAUCGCAGGUUUUUUUCAUUGUGGACAAGAAUGUGAUUAGUGGAAUGCACAUCUUAAUAGUAUCCAGCUCUCGUCAACUGUUUCUCAGACGGAGAGAUACUUGGGCAUGACAUUCUC